AUGGCGUCGAAUGCAUUGACUUCUAUACCAGAUGAGAUUAGUAAAUUGAAGAGUAUGAAGAUAUUGAAUCUAGAUAACAAUAAAAUGAAGAAGAUACCAGCUUCAUUGUGUGCAUUACAACAGUUGACAGAACUUUACAUGAAUGGCAAUGCAUUGACUUCUAUACCAGAUGAGAUUAGUAAAUUGAAGAGUAUGAAGAUAUUGAAUCUAUAUUUUAAUAAAAUUGACAAGAUACCAGAUUCAUUGUGUGCAUUAGAAAAGUUGACAGAACUUAACAUGGCGUCGAAUGCAUUGACUUCUAUACCAGAUGAGAUUAGUAAAUUGAAGAGUAUGAAGAUAUUGAAUCUAGAUAACAAUAAAAUGAAGAAGAUACCAGCUUCAUUGUGUGCAUUACAACAGUUGACAGAACUUUACAUGAAUGGCAAUGCAUUGACUUCUAUACCAGAUGAGAUUGGUAAAUUGAAGAGUAUGGAGACAUUGAAUCUAUCUUUUAAUAAAAUUGAGAAGAUACCAGAUUCAUUGUGUGCAUUAGAACAGUUGACAGAACUUAACAUGAGGUCGAAUGCAUUGACUUCUGUACCAGAUGAGAUUGGUAAAUUGAAGAGUAUGAAGACAUUGAAUCUAUCAUCCAAUAAAAUUGAGAAGAUACCAGCUUCAUUGUGUGCAUUAGACCAGUUGACAGAACUUAUCAUGAGAUCCAAUGCAUUGACUGCUAUACCAGAUGAGAUUAGUAAAUUGAAGAGUAUGAAGAUAUUGAAUCUAGAUAACAAUAAAAUGGAGAAGAUACCAGAUUCAUUGUGUGCAUUACAACAGUUGACAGAACUUGACAUUAGGUCGAAUGCAUUGACUUCUAUACCAGAUGAGAUUGGUAAAUUGAAGAGUAUGAAGAUAUUGAAUCUAGAUAACAAUAAAAUGGAGAAGAUACCAGAUUCAUUGUGUGCAUUAGAAAAGUUGACAGACCUCAACAUGGAACAUAAUGCAUUGACUGCUAUACCAGAUGAGAUUGGUAAAUUGAAGAGUAUGACGACAUUGAAUCUAUCUUUCAAUAAAAUUGAGAAGAUACCAGAUUCAUUGUGUGCAGGAAUAAAGAAGUUAAAGCUGAUUCAUCUAAGACUGAACGAAAAUAAGUUAAAGGAAUUUCCAUGGCAGGUUAUUGAAGAACUGCCUUUAUGCGAGUUAUCAUUAUGUGGAAAUAAACUGCAGACAGUACCUGACCACAUUGGAAGAUUAUUACGCUAUCAUCCUUGCAGGAAAUGCAAACAUGUAUCACUGAUGCAUUACAGAAAAACAUGUAUAUACUUUGGAUAUAGUACCAAAUGGCGGAUGAGGAGACGACGAGGCAUGACAACUGAUCUAAGUACAAAAGAUACAGCUACACAUGUGGGAAUGAAAUUGGAUCUCAGCUAUGGAAAACAUAAAUCUAUAGAUUUAUCAAGACUUGGUUCGUAUAAACACCUGAGGAUGUUAAACCUGGAACAUGGUGAACUAACGAUAGUACCAUCUGAGAUUGGGGAAUGCCAUAAAUUACAGAAAUUAGAGCUAUCGUUCAAUAAGAUUGCGAAGAUACCAGAUUCAUUGUGUGCAUUAGAAAAGUUAACAGAAAUUAACAUGGGGUCUAAUGCAUUAACUUCUAUACCAGAUGAGAUUAGUAAAUUGAAGAGUAUGAAGACAUUGAAUCUAUCGUUCAAUAAGAUUGCGAAGAUACCAGAUUCAUUGUGUGCAUUAGAACAGUUGAGAAUACUUAACAUGAAUGGCAAUGCAUUGACUGCUAUACCAUCAGGAAUAAAGAAGUUAAAGCUGAUUCGUCUACAACUGAACGACAAUAAGUUAAAGGAAUUUCCAUGGCAGAUUAUUGAAGAAUUGCAUUCCUUGUACAAGUUAUCGUUAUGUGGAAAUGAACUGCAGACAGUACCAGACCACAUUGGAAGAUUAUUACGCUAUCAUCCUUGCGAGGUAUGCGAACACAGAUUACGGAUGCAUUACAGAAAACCAUGUAUAUGCUUUGAAUAUACUACCGAAUGGUGGAUGGAGGGACGAGCAGCCAUGAAAACUGAUCUAAGUGCAAAAG